AUGCUCAUGACUACUGCUGUCGUGACGUUCUUUCUACUACUGUGCAGUGAAACAUGUGUGACCAUCAAAGUCCCAGUGAUAUGGAACGAAGGUGACAGUGAAGUGAAAAAUAACGGAUUUAACGAUGAAGAGUUUACAGUGGAUGUGUUUAAACCCAAUGUCUUCAAGCAGGAUCCUGUACCUGUGGAAUACUUCCAAUACACAGCAAAAAAGCCUCAGUUUGCCGCUGACGUAGCUGCCUUUCACGGCGUUCCAUCUCCAGCUAGCCACUACAAGGCUUAUCCCGUGAGACCAUAUACGGGACAAGAAAAGCCUAAUUUGGGUAAUCAUCGAUUACAAGAUCAAAACAGAGAUAUUUUUUCUCCGUUACAGAAAUAUAUACAAAAACAAAAUGUAGACAAUUAUAACAGCCAAAUAACUCCAAUUGUUUCUAACUACGAUGUGUAUCACCCAUACAAAGCAGAAGAACCAGCUUUGCAGGAAAUAUACAAAGAUCCAGUUCUUGAUAAAAUUCGAAAUGAUCUGCGCGAUACUAGUAAACGUCUACAAAGUUAUGAAAAGGAAGCCGGUAAACCGCAAAUAGAGAGUGGCGAAUAUUUAGAAACUCCUGAAGAUACCGAUCGUAAAAAAGUGCCACAAAGAAAUAUACCAGCAAAAUAUGAAAUUCACAGACCGCAAAGACGUCCUAUUUAUUACAGGCCUAUUGCAAAGUAUCCUAAUCGUGAUCAGAUUUUAAAUCAUCGAUUUAGACAUCCUUGGAAUCAGAACUUCGUCAAAAUAAGGCCAGCUCAUUAUCAACCUUUAAAGCAUCACUUACAAAAGUUACGCCAACAUCAUGCCUUAACAUAUGACGAUGAACAAAACGAAUACCCGCAAAUACCUGCUGCAGAAGAAAUUGAACAACCUUCUGAUGGGUAUGAUAUAUAUGAAAAGGGUAAGCAAAAGUACGUACAAUUAAGAAAUAACUUGGAUGAAUCAAUAAAUCAAGCGGUGCGGAAAAAUCGACCACUAGUAUCACAAAAACUCGAACUACAACCAAAUGAGCAAUCUGAAAUCAAUGAAGAAGAUGAGUUUGUACCGAUAAAAAGUUAUGCUCAAGUACGAAAAACUGAGACUACCAAGCAUUUGCCUAAAUCGGCUGCAUACGAAGACGCAGAUACUUACGAAGAAAUACGUAAUGCACCUCGCCUUAAAGAAGCAGUAAAGACUACUAAAGCACAAACAGUUUACACAGAGGAAGGAUAUGAAGAUUCAGCAUAUGAUCACGCAGGUGAGCAAAAACAUGCAUCAGAUCAUGAAGCGCAUGGUGGUUAUCUUAAAGAAAACGAAAUCAGCGGUGGAAAAUACAAGAUACCCUCUGUUAGUAAUAAUCACGACGAUGGUAAGGGAUCUGCUUAUAGAAACCAAUUAUUACAUGGAGAAAAAUGGAAUAACAUCGAUAAAGACCAUGAUGAAGAAACCGAAUCUGAACUAUAUACAGAAACUGAACAUGAACAAUCUGCUGAAGCAGACACUCAAAAUAAAAUCACUCGAGAAAACGAAGACAGUCAAAGAAAUAAAAGAGAAAAUGAAUUAACAGAAGAUAAAGAAAAAAGCUUAAAUAAUACUGAACAUGAUGUAGGAAAAAGGGAAGUAAACUUUGAAGUGCCUGAUAUUGAUCUAAACUCAACUUUACUAACUGAAGCUGAAAUAUUAGAAAUAGCAAAAGAAAAAAUCAUAAAUAAUGACGAUAUUUUACACAAAUAUCCAUAUUAUUUUGAAAAUAUUACAACUAUCCAUAAAAAUUCUCCAUUGAGAUACGCUGAAAAUUUGAAAUUUAUACCAAAAAAAUCGAAUGGUGGUACUGAAUUUUACGAUUCAAGGUCGCACAUAAUAUGCCCAGAGGUUGAUAAAAAGGUCGAUGCUAUUCCAAAAAAGCUGAAGAAGAAGGGACAUCCUGAUAGCAAAGAAGAAGGUGCAGAUAGUGACGGUGCAGAAGAAAUAGACGAUGAGGUUGAGGAACAACCUCGACUAAGUGGACUUGGUGAUAAGAUAGAUUGUUUUAAAGCUAAAUAUUUUGGCGAAAAUCCAUUAGAUAGUCCUUUUUUUAAAGAAGAAAUUAUAACUAAUCCGGAACCCGUAACAGCCCCAAAUAUUUUAUCAUACCAACUUUCACAAAAAUUAUCCCAAAAAAAACCAAAAAUUACAGAAAAUAUUAAGCAUAACAGCUACGGUGACAUUUUCGAUUUAAUCAAUAAAAUGCGAAGUAGUGGAAUAUUUUUUGAAGAAUCGUUAGUUAAUGGUAGCAGAAGCAUAUUGAAUCCUUUAAAUUUCCCAUUGAAUACUUCUUUCAGCAGCAAUGAUCUGUCUCAGCAAUAUAAUGGUUUUACCGAUAAAAAAAAUAAUUUAAACAAUUCAAACAUUUCUUUGCAACCUUCAACAAAUAUGACUCAAAGAACGACUCAUGAUGAUACCUUUAACAAAACAAUUAAAUACGAGGCCUACAAAAAUAUAGAGGAUAUAACACAAACACCCAUAAGAACAAAACGAGCAGCACCAUUUAUUUACGAACCAUACAAAAUUAUAAGAGAUGGUCAAGUUCAGGAAUCAAAAAAGACAACAACUACAAGUAAUAUUAGUCCGCUUAUAAAACAACUUCAAUCUAGCAGAGUGGUUGAUAAAGUAAUAAAACCAGACAAAGACACUUCGAAAGGAAACUUAACUGCAACACGGACGUAUAAAGAUAUUGGCAAAAACGACAGGAUACAGUCGAAAAAUAGUAAAGAAGUCACUGAUUUAUCAAAUGCAAAAUUCGUUGAUGUAAAUACUGAUAAACGUAGAGGUGAACCUAGGUAUGAAUUAAGAAUAUCAAACCAUAAACCGGAAUAUACUCCUAUCGCAAACAAAAAAUCCAUGUCAAAACAAGAUUUCGAAGAACAAAUAAAGAAUGUUGAGUCUGAUAGAAAUCUAAGAAGAACACCUAAAACCUCAGAUGUCCAAUCUGCAGCUGCUUCUAAUAAAGUUCAGAGAACUUUUGCUACAACUCCGUCAAGCCAUAUUAUUAGUGACCAUAUGUCCAAAAAUAUAGAUGAUAAUACUGACGAUGAUGAAGAAUAUGACUAUGAAGAAGACUACGAAGAAGAAAAAGAUUUGGAAAUAAAGUCGACAACUACAACCACUACAACAACUAAACCAAUUUUCAAAAAGAAAAUAAGAACUACUUCUACCACAGAAGUCUCCAAUAAAGACCAUGAGUUAGUUACACAACCUCCUAAGUUAAAUUUAAUAACAAGAUUCCGAACGACUCCGUCUCCUAAGGAAGAAAAUGAUGACCUUAAUUUAAAAAAAACACUUCAUAAUCACAAUAAAGAGGAUAAUACUGAACUACCUAAGUAUAAAGAGAAGAAAAAGAAAAGCACCAAAACAACUUUAGUCACUGAUACUCGAAAAUAUGGAGAUGAUGAUAACAGUGAGGGUGACGUUGAAGAUGAUAUGCGAAAAGAAGAAGUCGAUGCUUUGAUUGGUAUUAAACAUGACAUGGAUGAGUAUAUUCCCUUGUAUGAAAAAGAAGAAUUACGAAAUAGAAAUCACAAUAGACAAGUCAUUGACUCUAGCGAGGAAGAAGAUAAUGAAGACGAUGAUAAUGACAGUAGUGAUGAAGAAGAUGAUGAUGAUGAAGACGAUGAUGAGAACAUUGAUGAAGGCAGUGAUGAAUCAAGUGAAGAAGUUGAAGAUAAUGAAAAAGAAUCUUCAGUCGUCAUAACAACACCCGAACCCACAAAACGUACAUUAAUUAGAACAACAGAAGCUCCUCUACCAACCACAGAAACAAAUUACAAACAAGAAAACCUGAAACCUAGGGUAUCAAAAAAGAAAAUUGAAAUUCACAAGGAACUCCCUGUAAAUAAGUCUGCUCCUCAUGUGACUCAAUUUAAACAAGAUAUAAAAGAAGUUGAAAUUGUAAAAGAAAUACCAAGAAAAACCAAUUCAAAAAAUCCUAAAAAGAACACUGAAUUAUUAGAAUUAUACAAAGAUGAAAAUUUGGCAAAAAAUAUCAAUAGACUGAAAGAUGUAGAAGUAUUUAAAGAGAACUUAAAUUUAAAAAGUGGACCAAAACAUGGUGGAAAUUACAGAAGUGCAAAACUUGUAGAAUUAGCUGAAGAAACAAGCUCUGUAGGGCCUAUGCAUGGCGGAAAUUUAAAAAUAGAUAAUAAAGAUGAACUAGAAGAAACUGAAAAAGAUGCUGAGACAUCACAAACACAGCACAAAAAAGCGGUAGAAUUUGAAUCUGUACCUUCAAGAAUGCAUGGAGGUAAUUUAAAGUCUAUUAAUAAUGAUAGACAUUUAAAAAAAUCUGAUGAUGAGAUUGCUAAAUUGACAGAACUUUUAGAUACUGACAAAAAUUCGCCUUAUUAUAGGCGUGGAGCUAAUUUAAAAGGAAAUCAGAGGCGUGGGAGUAUAAGAAGUGAAAGGCUGACAGAGCUGACUGAUCAGGAUAGAGAAAAUGAAGAUGAUUCUAGUGGCAGAUCCUAUGGGAGCAGCUCUGGGUCGUACAGUGGUAGGAAACAGGGAGGGCGCCCGAUGCAUGGUGGAAACUAUAGAAGUGCUAAGCUUAUUCAAGUUGAUACUGAAAAUUCAUCUGAACUUAGCCAAGAUACCGAAAGAAGGCCUUUGAAGGAACCUAAAAAUAGUGCAGCUGUGCUUUUGAAUAGUUUUGUACAAGCUGCCCCAAUACUGACUUCAACACCUGCUUAUAUCUUAGACCCCAGCAAGCGUAUGUAUUUUUACGUAGACCCGUAA